UGGCUGACCUUGUUACCAUGCCUCUAUUUCAGUUCAUGAAUAUUCUGACACUUUUGUGUACCAAGGAACUUGGGGAUAUAAAAAGUGAACAGUUUCUGGUGAAAAUUUAUUAUUUUAAGGCACAGGUGUAGCAAUUUAUUGGAUGCAUCAAAACUACACAGAUCAGCUUACUAUGAUACUGAAAGAACGAGGGGACACAGACUAUUAUAUAUCUUGGAGUCAAUGGUAUAAUUGGAUGUCAAACCGAGCUGCAAACUGAUGUAUAUGAUAAACAUGUCACUUGGUAUACGUAAUAGAUUUUUCUUGGCUAUCCUAUAUAUGUAAUGGGACAAUUUUACUUCCUUCUCACGCUGUGAUGUAGACCGCUAUAGAUUUAAUGUUUGUUUGAUGUAUAAGACAAAAAAACCCCCAAAACUACACAAUUAUCAACCUAUCUUUAAGAUGUUUUUUUUAUAAUGGUUAUUAAGAAAGUGGAGCUAAAUUUGUACAGGGCUCUGGAGGAUAUAAACUAUCUGGACCCUUGGAUUCAGAUUUGGGCAUGAGAUACAAACCACAUUAGUUGCUCCCAUGGAUGACCUACGGAUUGCACACCACUCAAGAACGUCACAGUCAUCCGGGGUGCUAAAAUGGGCUUCGACACAAUUGAGGCUCUACCACUCUCUGGGUCAUCAAACCUUCUUGUUGCUGCUGCUCCUCUUCCCAGAUGGGCCGGCUGCCCUUCCUCUUGCUGCUCAUAACUUGAAACCAGCCCUGCCUCCAAUUGUAAAAGACAAACCUUUCCUAGUGACUUGGAAUGCACCAACGGCUCGCUGUGCUGCUGCCUACGAUGUCCCUCUCCCCUUGGACUCCUACGGCAUCCUGGUUAAUUCCCAGGAAGCCUUUGUGGGUGGGAACAUUACCAUCUUCUACUAUGAUCAACUAGGCUUAUAUCCUUAUUACGUGAACACGACGGUGCCACCCACUGCGGUUCAUGGUGGCUGCCCUCAGAACGUCAGCUUGAAAGACCACCUGGAGAAGAUGACAAGGGACAUUGCUGUGGCCAUGCCCUCACACUCUUUUGCAGGUCUCGCUGUGAUUGACUGGGAGAACUGGAGGCCUCAGUGGAUUCGGAACUGGGACAAAAAAAAUAUCUACCGGGACAUGUCCCUCCUCUUGGUCAAGCAAAGAAACCCCCAUUUAUCUGAUUAUGAAGCUGAGCUGGAGGCCAAAUGGGAGUUUGAGACAGCUGCCCAGAAUUUUAUGACAGAUACUCUCCGCUUAGCCCAAUCUCUGCGCCCCAGUGGCUGGUGGGGCUACUACCUCUUUCCCGACUGUUAUAACUAUGAUUACUUGGAUGACUUUGAGGGCUUCACGGGGCACUGUCCCCCGGUGGAAGUGCAACGCAACAAUGACCUCUCUUGGCUUUGGGAGCACAGCAGGGCCCUCUACCCGUCCAUCUACAUGGAAGAGAUGCUGAGAACUUCCCCACAAGGGAAGAAGUUUGUGAGAGCCAAAGUGGGUGAAGCCUUGAGAGUGGCCGAGUUGCCCUCUGCCCAACACUCCCUCCCUGUUUUUAUGUAUGCCAGGCCAUUCUACACCUACACCCUGAAGGAGCUGAGCCAGACAGACCUGGAGUACACCAUAGGGCAGGCUGCAGCCAUGGGUGCUCAUGGCCUUGUGCUCUGGGGAGACGCAGAAUAUUCUCGGAACCGGACCAAUUGCUUAAAGGUUCACAAGUAUCUGACAAGCACUUUAGGCCCAUAUAUUGUCAACGUGACCAGGGCAACUGAGCUCUGCAGCCGUCAUAUCUGCAAUAAUCAUGGCCGCUGCAUUCGCCGGAGAAUGGACUCUGACGCUUAUUUACACCUUGGCCCUAAUCCUAUGGAGGGCAUCUCCACUCUUGAGUUGGCAAACAGGACUUUAAGCCAACAGCAGAAGGUCAAGAUGGAACAGGAGUUCGCCUGUCAUUGCUACAAGGGAUGGAGUGGCAAAAGAUGCCUUUUCAAGGGGCACAGCGUGCGAUUGUGGGCAGACAGUUGGUGCAUUUACAGCACAGUUUUGUCUGUACUUUGGAUAAGGUAUUUAUGAGCAUUUGGACUAGUUGCUAUAAAUAUUGUGAAGCCAAUACUGUAAAGUGAAUCCUAUAUCUUUCCAUGUGAGAAAGGUACAGGCAUGGUGUUGGGUAAUAAGAGGCAUUGUCGAGUUGCUGUAACUCUCCCUGACUUCCCAGGAUGUCCUUCUCUUGUGGUGUUUCACUGGGAAAGUUGGCACGUGUGGAUUAGUCCUAUCUAUGCAGGACUUCCCAUACACCAAGGAUGGGCUGCUUGGGCUCUCCAGAGGUUGCUCGUGUAUAUCUCUCAGCCAUCGAUGAAGGAUUGUUGGAGCUGAAGCUUAGCCCUUGGGGAAGAACACAGAUUUUCUACCCAGAAGUUUUUUGGGGGGAUUUCAAAAAAGUCGAGAAGGUGGUUGCAACUGCAUGAUCACAACAACUAUUUGGAUUUGUUUUUUGUUUUUGUUUUUGUUUACUUCUCCAGCAGAACUUCAUUCCUACCCCAGCAAUACACAACAAAUAACAUUCUUUUUAGUCUCUAAACUUCUCACCAGCAUACAAGCAUCCUUAAUAUUUGAGGUGCACGUUUUCCUAAACUGUGACAAAGACCGUAAUUUCCUCUUUCUUUUGGUUGAAUCAAAACUGAUCUAAGCACAUUAUUUAUAUACAGAGCAAACCUUUCCUACUUGAACCAACUAGGUGUCCUCCAAAAUGUGAUUGGUGCUGUUUUAAUUGAAAUAUGUAUGUAGGUAAAUAUGUGUACUUGUCAGGCUACCUCUCUUAUCAAGGAAUGGGGGAGAGAAAUCUUAAUUUUUUAAAAUUAAAUAUUUUUCAUGUGA